UCUCUUAGGGGUGAUAAUGGCGGUUUGUUUCUUGGGGAGUGUCCUUUUUAUCUUGGACAAGAACACCAGAAACAUGGAAGAGGGGAGGAAGCACUUACGCUGGGCGGCGCCAGCAGUGUGGACGAUGUCAAGACCGGUGGACAUGGUGACGAAUUGACGGGAGGAGAUGAGACAAGAGGAAGUACUGAGACGGGAGCAAAGGACUCGAGAGGUAGCGGAGAACAUGAGGGGAAGAGUUGGGAAAUGGAGAGAUGCUAA